CAAGAGAGAGAGAGAGAGAGAGAGAGAGAGAGAGAGAGAGAGAGAGAGAGAGAGAGAGAUCUUUUAAAAUACUGAAAGCAGUUUAGAAUACAGUAGUGUAAGCACCAGCGGAGGUCAUGAGGCGCAGGUCAAAAGACAAAAAUCAGGAGAAAGUGGGCAGCCGUUUGCUCAGUAUUCAGGAGAAUGAUAGAGUGGAGGAUCUGCUGGGCAGGAGGUGUGAGUCUCUGUGUACAACAGUGGUUCAGUUGUUCAUCGCACUGCCGCACGCUCCUGCCAGCUGGAGUUUGCAGCAUACAGGAGUGCUUUGCUUUGUAAAGGACAAUCCUCAGCGCUCCUACUUCAUCCGCCUCUACAAUCUCAUGGCAGGUAAACUUGUAUGGGAGCAGGAGCUCUUUAACCAGUUCAGCUACAACAGAUCCAGGCCCUUCUUCCACACUUUCCAAGCUGAUGAGUGCCAGGUAGGAUUGAAUUUUUCAAACGAAGAAGAAGCAGAUAACUUUUUCUCUGUAGUGGAUGAGAAGAUCAGCCAGAGAAAUAAACAUUUGGGCAAGCACCGGGGAAAAGGCCUUACUCUUAGCCGAGAGGAUUCAUUGCCACCAAUACCUCCAAAUGGUUCUGGAAGUCUUCUGUUGGGAAAUAUUCAGAAUGAAGCACCACCUUCCAAGUCAAAGAAAGAGAAAAAGGAGAAGGACAAAAAGAGCAAAAAGAAGGGCUCUAAAAUAUCCAAGGCAUUAAUUGGAGCACCUAGUGGUUUUACCCAUGUUGGCCAUCUUGGUAUGGAAAAGAAUAGCCUGGAUCCAGAUUUGGUGAAGCUGCUGUCACGUGCUGGAAUCAGUGAGGCAGAUAUGCAAGACUCUGAGACCUCACAACUAAUCUAUGAUGUCAUUGAGCGCUCGGGUGGAAUGGAAGCAAUUAAAAAGGAAUUGACCCAGCAGGAACGGCCUCCGCCUCCACCUCCUGGUGUUCGUCGGACCUCUCUUCCCCCAGUGCCCUCUGGAUACUCUUCAGCACCUGUUUCCUCUCAAGGUCGUUUAGGGCCCUUACCACCUCCUCCUGGAGGAACUCCAUCCACUGGCAGUAGGUCCUCUUCAGUACGAGCUCUACCACCCACACCUUCAGGAGGUCACACAGAACCCCGACCACCACCUCCAGUGGCACAAGGUGGACGUCGAGGGCCUUUACCCCCACCACCAGGGUCACAGGCUGCACCUUCAGCAAGAAGUGGACCGUUACCACCAGUACCAGGAGGUCACGGUGGCCCCCUUCCCCCUUCACGAGGAGAUCGAGGAGUUAUUCCAUCAUCUUCUACUCUUCCACAAAGUGGCUCCUUACCUCCUCUUCCUAAAAGGGGAAGUGGACCCCCACCUCCAGCUGUCCUCCGAAGUGCACCACAACCCCCAGCGUCAAGAGAGGCCCCCAGGCCUCCCGGACAUUCUGCUGGAUCUUACCCUCCUCUACCAGGAAGACGGACUGGAUCCUUACCACAACCUCCAAGCGAUGAAUGUUAUUUGCUGCCACCUCCAACACUCCCUGAAGAUUUUCCUGAAGAGUGUUCUGAUAUACCGCCACCAUACGAUGAGGAUUUACUACCAUCACCUCUCUUGUUUGAGUCCUUCCCACCUCCACCAAUUGAUGACACACCCACUUCUCACAUAGCUCCAUAUCCUCCACCAGCUAUUUCUAGCAUAGGAGGUCCACCUCCUCCCCCACCUCCUCCUCCACCUCCUGCUGCACCAGCACCCAAUUUGGGAAGUAGCCCACCACCUCCAAAAGCCAGUAGUGGGGGAGGAGGCAGAGGCGCAUUGCUGGACCAGAUACGCAUAGGGACAAAGCUAAAAACAGUAACCGCCAGCUCUGAUCCACCGCCAUCUGCAGUGGAUACAGAAGAGGGAAUAGUGGGAGCCCUUAUGAUGGUCAUGCAGAAGAGAAGUAAAGUCAUUCACUCAUCAGAUGAAGGAGAUGAAUUUGAUGAUGAAGACGAUGACGAUGAUGAAUGGGAUUAAUUUUAUAAUCAAGUAAUGAACUGUGUCCCAAUGAGCAUUAGCACAGCUACACAGUUUAAAUGGUGAAUCAUUUUAAUUUGGCCAUUUCAAUAAACUUAUUUUUCAUUAAGGCAAAUUUUUCUAUUAAUUAAAACCCUUUUUAUUUCAA